GGGAUAUAACAACCGGAAGUAACGUGAGAAAGAUGGCCAUCUGGAGUAUAUUGGGCAAGUUCCACUCUCUCUGCCUUCACAGUGUAGCAAUUACCUGCAGGGUUUUCCCCAAGUGUUCAACUUUUACAAACAGCUGUGUAACCCCUGCAAGAACUUUCUCUCUUUCCUCCUCAUUACAGCAGAAGCAACAUAUUAAUUCUAAAAGGCAGCCCAUCUCCCUGCGCUUGCGGCUGGCUGUGACAGGUGUUAUUGGUGGAGCAGCACUCGGAACAUGGCUCUACCUUCGGUGGGAGAAGCAGGAGCAGCAGAAGAUGCAGAGGAUAAAGCAGCUCAGGACGUUAGCUGUGGGGCAGGGAGACUUUCAUCUGUUGGACCACAAUGGUCAGCCAUGUUUCAAACAGGAUCUGAGGGGGAAGUGGGUUCUGCUGUAUUUUGGUUUUACUCACUGCCCAGACAUCUGUCCUGAUGAGCUACAGAAACUGAGCUCUGCAGUGUCCAUCCUGGAUAAGGACCCUUCCCUGCCCCCUGUGUUGCCAGUUUUUAUCACUGUGGACCCAGAACGUGACAGUGUGUCGGCCCUGGCCAAGUACGUGAGUGAGUUUCACCCGCGGCUCCUGGGGCUCACAGGGACCUCAGAGCAGGUGAAGCAGGCAGCACAAGGUUAUCGCGUGUAUUACAGCACCGGGCAGCCAGAUAAGGACAAUGACUAUAUUGUGGAUCACACGAUUAUCAUUUAUUUGCUUAACCCAGAUGGGCUGUUCACAGAUUACUACAACCGAGGGAAGACAGAGCAGGAUAUUGCAGAGAGCGUGAAGCGACACAUGCAAACGUAUACAUCUCUCCUCAGAUGACUGAGCUCGCCACCACAGGAUACACCUGUAUUAGUGCAACAGACCAUAUGACUUCACCAGACUUGUACUGAGCUGUUUAUGUCAGCCUAAAUUAAACCAUUUCUAUAAA